GGAAGGCGUGUUUAUAGAGUCAGCUCGGAUAACGGUGUAUCUAACCGCGCCUCCUGGGACACGGGCAAUUCAUUCGCAUCUGGAAACUCUCCGCGUGAAGGACCGGCAUUUCUCCCGCAGAACCGAGCCCUGUAUUGGAACCAUGGAGCUGGACGGCUGUGGUUACGCGGCAAAGAUCUUCUUUUACCUUCUGAACGUCAUCUUGGCCCUGGAGGGACUCUUGCUGAUGGUCGGAGGCAGCUUGCUGGUCAUUUUGGCCCAGUCCAGUCAGUUCUUCCAGAUGACGGGACAUUAUGAGAUCAUCAUGAUUGGGCUGAUCUUACUGAUCAUUAUGGGAUUGAUCCUCAUUGUGGCCAUCAUAAUGGUCGACGUAGCAAAGUGCUCCAAGUCCAUCGACAUCUACAAAGCGUACAUCUCUAUCAUUAGCUGUGCCCUGGGUAUGGCCAUUGCUGUGGGAAUCUCUGCUUAUGUCAGUCGGCAGAAGGUGGCUGCCCAGUUAAGUGACUUCUACACUUGUGUGUAUGUUCAAUAUGUUGGGAAUAAACACAACACGUUCCUCCGGUUGUCCCUGAUGUUGGCUCAACGCAUGCUGGACUGUUGUGGAGUUGGCGGGAUUCUGGAGCCCUUUGUCCAAGAGACAUGCCCAGGAAGAGAUGGGUUCUGGAAUGCAAUCACAACGCCAACCUGUCCUAACACCUUGAGCAGCCUGGAUGAAGCCAUUGGCAAAAUCUUCCUUGGAUCCUUCAUUGGAACUGCAGUGCUACUGGGUCUUGCCAUCCUCUGCUGUUGUGUUUUCGUGAACUCUGUGAAGCUGGCAAGAGACAGGCUACAACAAAACAACUUGUUUCAUCUGAUCCCUCAAACAUAAAAUCCUUCCCACGAUCAGAGGCCCUUCAUCUCUCCUGGAGGGUGUUCAUGGUCUUGCAUAUUUUGUGGACCAAAUUGCAGAAGGCUGGGCAAGAUGUGACACAGCCUAUCUUUCCUCCGCACAUCAGGGCCAAGGCCUGUUGUUGGCUGCAUGCUUUUUCAUUUGAAACCAGGCUUAGACCUGCUGAGAGACUGUUCAGUUUUAUUUGUUUUGUUCUGCUUUUAGAAAAACACCACUCUUGCACCCUUCCAUCUUCAAUUUCAUUCUGGGAAGGAAUGGGGUGGAUACAGUACUUUGUGAAUGUUUUGUAAUAUGCACAAUUUAUAAAUAUAGAUUCGUUUUGAUGAAA